GCGCUGUCCAUCCAUCCAUCCGUCCGGGGUGAGUGAGUGAGUGAGUGAGUGAGUGAGUGAGGAAGAUGACGGCCCGCUCCAUCUGCUCUCUGUCCAGAGCGCUGAAGGCCGUGUGGAGCGACCGGCUGGCUCUCUCUGCCGCUGCCAGGGUACAUGGUGCAGCCUCAUGUAAUCAGAGGCACAAGUCCACCUACACGAGCAUCCCUCCACCUGCACGGUAUGGAGGCCGGCACACUGUCACUCUGAUUCCUGGAGACGGCAUCGGGCCUGAGCUCGCCAACCACGUGCGAGAGCUAUUCCGGUUCUGUUGUGUCCCAGUGGAUUUCGAGGUGGCCAAUGUGGACUCCAGUUUGGCCUCAGAAGAUGAUAUCAACAACGCCAUUAUGGCUAUCAGACGCAACGGAGUCGCCCUCAAAGGUAACAUUGAGACCAAUCACAACUUGCCACCCUCCUAUAAGUCAAGGAACAACCUGCUGCGCACCACUCUGGACCUGUAUGCCAACGUGAUGCACUGCCAGUCUCUCCCGGGGGUGAGGACACGCCACAAAAACAUCGACAUCUUGAUUAUCAGGGAGAACACUGAGGGAGAAUACAGCAGCCUGGAGCACGAGAAUGUACCGGGAGUCGUUGAAUGUCUUAAGAUCAUCACCAGGCCCAAAUCUUUGCGCAUCGCUGACUACGCUUUCAGAACGGCUCGGGAGAGAGGACGCCGCCGAGUCACCGCUGUACACAAAGCUAACAUCAUGAAGCUGGCUGACGGACUCUUCCUGGAGUGCUGUAAGGAGGUUGCCAGUGGUUACCCUGAAAUCGCCUUUGAUAGCAUGAUUGUGGAUAACACCACCAUGCAGCUGGUUUCCAGGCCCCAGCAGUUCGAUGUGAUGGUCAUGCCCAACCUGUACGGGAACGUGGUAAGCAACGUGUGUGCUGGCUUGGUUGGAGGGCCGGGCCUGGUACCCGGAGCCAACUACGGAGAGGACUACGCGUUGUUUGAGACGGGCACCAGGAACACAGGGAAGAGCAUUGCCAACCGCAACAUCGCAAAUCCCACGGCCAUGCUGCUGGCCUCCUGUCUGCUGCUGGACCACCUGAAGCUCCACGCCUACGCCAGCAUGAUCCGCAGAGCCAUCAUCUCCACCGUCACAGAGGCGCGGCUGCACACGGCUGACCUGGGAGGCCAAGGCUCCACCUCUGAAGUGGUCCAGUCCAUCAUGAAAGCCAUCCAGAGCACUGGGCCCAUGACUCUGAGCAUCUAGAUCACACACACACACACACUCACAGGCACACACAGGCACACAGCAGAGACAAGCAUGUGAAAUUAUUCUACCUCUCUUUAACAGCUUUCCUAUGCAAUUUCAUACCAUUUAAAAAAACACGUGAUUUGAUAGUAAUCAUGUAUAAACAAAUAUCUAUGCAACAGUUUUUAAAUUCUUCAUAGGGUUUGAUAGUCCUAAAAUUGCUGCGACCAGUUAAGCAUAGACAUGAGAAAUGAUCAUAUUGAGAUGCACCUUAUAUAGAUUAUGUUCCUGAGUUUCCCAAGUUUUUAAAGUUGCUGUUUGAGGGAGUGUUUUUGCAUCUGUUCCUUGGCUGUGUGCCCUUGAGUGUGUGUCUGUCUUAAAUUGUCAAUCCUCAAGGCAGGAUGCGUCUGCCGGCAUAUUGCACCCGCUUGUCUUUCAGUCAGUCCUUUUGAUAUUUAUUAGUUUGUUUCAUCUUUAUUAAUUUAUUAUAACCUCAAAACACAUGUAUUCGUCCACCCUGAAUGUAUUGAAAUGUAAAUGAUCUUUGACAGUCACAGCUGUACGACUGUUGAAUGUACUGGACCAAGCUUAACGUAGCGUUCAGGACUCUUAACCUUUACCUCCAAUAAAAAACGUUUUCCCAUA